AUGGAGAACACAAACCCUCGGAAUCGGCGUCUCGUAACCUACGGCUCUGCUGCCAAAGGGCAGCCCCGCGCAAAUACCGAAAAGCCUAUGCGAUCAUCUACGGCUAAAUCCUCUCCCAAAGAUGUGCCUUUGCCAAGCUCGUCGCGUCCCUCACGGCCACCCCACGCCCGGUUACAGCGCGACAAGAACGGAGUUGAACCACAGCCAGGAUCAGUGGACAUGGCCAUACCUUGCGCUCCGCCAUCCAAGUCUACCACAGAACUCAAUGUGUUUGACAUACCCUCUUCCGAUGAUGAACAGAUGUCCAUGGUCCGGAGAAAGCGAAGGCGGUAUAGCCCCGAUGGAAGCACCGCUGUCCUUGCGACUAGGCCGGCCGAGAAGCCAAGCACGAUAGUAAACGGCGAGGGCAGCGCGUCACCGAAACUGAAGACGAAGAAGGUGCCGGGCGACCGGAACCCAUCGGCUAGAAAGCGAGAAGCACAUAAGGCGAUAAGCUCCGCGAAGCCGCCAUCAUAUCCGAGGGCUGGUAGGUCCGGGAGAAGCCAGGCGAAGAUAUUCAGUCUCAACCAGGAAUUAGAAGCUUCGACCGACAAGAGUCCUGGAGAGGCAAAGCCUAUGCGAGAAAGCUCGCCAGAAGCCAGCCUGCCCAGUACGCCGAAAGCGACCGUCACCCCUGGCCGAAGGAGGCUGAUCGAUUCGCUUGGCAUUACAGAGGACCGAGUUGAAUCCUCACCAGAGACUCCUACUAGUCAGCCAUCCCGGAACCCAGUCAUUCCUGACCGACCUUUUUCAGAUGUGGCUGUUAAUGAGGGCCCCGUCAAUAGCCAGGUCCAAGACACCCCUGCCUCGGUUCCAUCGCAUCUACAAGGCUCUCGGACCACCUACGCGCGUCAGCGAUCUUUCCUUGAUGACAUGAUGUUAGAAGAUCUUCCAGAGAACAAUACUCCCUCUGGUCCGAGUCACCGUUCUCAAUCGGUUCAGCGGCAGCUGAAUUAUGAGGCUACUUCCAAUGCCCGUUUGAUCGUGCCAAAUGAGGAUAUCAACGGGGAAGAGUCUGUCCGAAGUAUUCACGAGCUUAGGCAAGCUGGAGGGAAUGCUCGUUAUCGAGGUGCCGUCGAAUCUAUCUUCGAGGAUAUCGAAGAUGUGCAAAAUUCGUUAACGGGUCGAUGCAAUGCCUUUCUCCAACUCUGUGGCAAACUUUUGGAUCCGGGGCUCAAACGGCGAUUUGUCGAAUGCAAUUUUGACAAAAGGCUUGUGGAUUGCCUGUCAAUGAAGCUUGAGGUGGUCCCCAUGAUUUUGGCCUUCUCCGCCUACGCCCUGGGAUCAUCAGACGGACUCAUGUCCUAUGUCCUUGCAACUUCGGCUUGGCCCAAACUUCUAGAUGCAUCGCCUAUGUUAUUGGGCAUGCAGGAGGAAAUAUCAGUGGUCACAAGGGCUAAAACAAGCGGCCUUUCUCGACCUUUGCAAAAGGCAAUUCAGAAUAUUGUCCCACAAUUAGCUGAAAUGCUGUUCCCCGGUACUACAAUGUCGAAACUAAGCCCAUGCGCUCUGGCUUUGUAUUGCCUGAGGUCAACAAUUGCUACAAUGCAAACCAAAGGCGAGAGUCCCAGCCUUUCCACGACUGUUCUCCAAACGCUGGUCCAGAUACUUGUGUCUGAGAGCCAACGCUGUGUCUCCCUGGGAAAAAUUAACAUCCUAAGCUCCCAAACACUAUCCAUGGGCUUUUCAGUCCUGGAAGCCUGUACUGCGUCGACCGAACCUCUCAUAAACGAGCAUCGGGAUCUCCUGAACCCGCUAUCUGAGCUCCAUAAUCUGCUCUCUUUGGAGUUAGACACUCUCAGUCCGAUAAAAGCUCUGUAUAUCAGACUUAUUCUAAAUAUCACCAACAGCAAUCCGUCUCUCUGCGAUCGAUUUGCAAAUCUGGAGAUGAUAGGGGGGCUAGUUGAUAUUGUCUCUGCAAAUUUCGGUGAUUUGACCGAAGAUGCGCUUGGCCAAGCGAAUAAUUCCCUGGAUAACGUCAUACUGGCACUCGGCGCCCUUAUCAAUCUUACUGAACAGAGUGAAAUAUCAAGAUCGACUUUCCGUCACUCUGCCGGCGCUGGAAAGACUUUCCUUGGACGGCUCCUGCAAUUAUUUAUGACCCAUGUCGAUUCAAUCUCUACGGCUCAUUCGGUCUUGGAAGUUCACCAUAAUGUAGCCGUGGGGUAUUUGGCCGUACUUCUACUGAUACUCAGUCUGGAUCCGGAGACUCGGUCAAAAAUCAAGAAGUCACUCGCCCCAAAAGGGUUGACGGCAGUGAUUUCUACCGUUGAUGAAUUCUUGCAAUACCACCUGAAAAUCGAACACGAGAUUCCUGCUCAAGGCCAGGGACAACCAGCGACUGGGUUCCUGUCCAGGUUGCAAGAACUGGUCACUCAGAUUCGACUGGUAGAGCAAUGA